AUGCGAUUCUCAUUCCUCAAAAAGAAGCAUCCCUCCUUCAAGAAGCUACCCAUCACCUCUCCACCCGAACUCAUCCAGCUGCCCAUCGCACCGAGUCCACUAGCCAUCCCAGAGAUCUUGGAACGAAUCUUUUCGUAUGUCGACGACUUUACUCUCCGUAGGACCGUGGUCCUAGUUUGUCGGCUGUGGCUCCAGAUGAACCAACACCUUGUCCUCCGAGAACUCGUCUGGGAUAUCCAUGUGCCUGUCCAACACAUCGACAAGACUCUGGCCAAGCUGGGCGAUACUGGCCGGUUGAAGUGGUUCUGUGAUUGGGGGAUGCCUACGGAGGCCAGCUGGGAUAAACUCAUCCGGACCUUGCUUCACUUACAGAGCUCCCCGGAUCAGCCAAGCAGUACUUCGUUGCAGAGGUUGCCCGGACAGUUUAAUAACUCCCUUCGUGAGUUGGAGUUCAGGACCAGCACAUUCAAAACAAGAGGCCUCUUCGACACCAUUCCCUUCCCGCCGGCGCUGACCAGUCUCAAGUUCACCGUCCAAGAAGGCAGCUGCAACUUUUCCCUCGGUCGUCUUCUAGAGGCUUGCCCUCUGCUCGAGGAAUUCCAUGGAGAGGUCGUUACGAAAUAUCUGUUUCUUCUUGGAUCCUUGGUUCCCUCUGACGUCAAAGGGCCUCAGCGUCGAUUCUUGCCACUUCGAUCUUUGGUCCUCAGGAACGCGACUUUUCCUCAAUCCUCACUUGAGGCGUUGCUGUUAGUGACUCCUCGGAUCCAGGAGCUCAAGUUAAUCAGCCUUCAAGCUAUCACAGCGCAGGGACCCAAUAUGGCCACAAACAAGUACUCCCGAACAAAUCUCGUCCAGCAUAUCCAGUCCCUCUCCAUCAUGCUCCAAUCUUUCCAUUUUUCGGUGUUUAACCAAGGGAUCGACGGGCCUGAAGCCGACGAGAUGCUGACUCCUCUGAGCCCGUUGGAGACUGGGCGGUCGCUUUGGGGAGACGGUCUGACGCCUACGCUGAUGAGGAAACUGGACGAAGGAACCAACUUUGUCACCACCCUCGAACUCUACUGGCGACAUACGGACGAGUGCAGUACAUCCUCCUGGCUCCUUCAUAGGUUCAUGUGUCGCUCUCGCCACCUCUUGCACGUCAGGACCACCAAUAUCGCCUUCCAGUUCGAGCAUUUGGACCUUCACCGCCGCGCCCCAACAAAUGGCUCCUCUGACACCUCUUCUUUCCUGACUGGAGUGUGGGCAUGUACGAAUCUGCGGACCCUUCGUCUGGAGUUGCACGGACACAACCAGUCCCAGCUAACGCAUCCUACCAACACCAGGAUCGUCUUUGGCUAUCUUUCGACCGUGUGUCCACGCCUCCAGGAUCUUCAGCUUGUCAUCUCCAAGAUGUGCAAGACUCGAACGGGAGAACUUUAUAUCAACACUCCAACCAUGCGACUCCAAGGAGGAUUCAUUCUAUUAACGAGACUCAAGUACCUGGAACGACUAAAUAUCAACUUUAUCCAACCCACCGAGAGCGAAAGAACCCACGUCAACUGGAUGGUCCCCUCUGGACGGACAGCCGAAUUCCGGAAAAAGAGAAGGGUGAUGAUGGCAGGCUGGGAGUUGAUCAAAAAGGAACAGGUCGCGCUCAAGGACCCAGCAGAAAUUACACGACUGGCGUUGAUGGACAAGGAUGUCCUCCGAUGGGGCGAACUCGAGAUCAAGACGAAGCGCGAGCUGUGGCGUCUUGGUUUGUUGUUGGAGGUGAAGAAGGUUUUGGAGCAGAUGGAUUUUGACGGCUUUGAGUGUUGGCCUUUGCUUCAUAGAGUGUCUUUGAACGGUGGGUUUGAGCAAGGCCCCGAAGCCUGUGUGAAAACCCUGUUCGUCCAACCCUAG